GUUGUCCCUCAAAUAGUACGGUUUUCAAUAGUUCGGUUUUGGUUCUAUGUGGAUUUUCUGGGAAGAUUUUUAAGGAUUUUUAUAUAACCCAAUGCGCAGGAAAUUUAACCCCUUGAAUGCGGAUAUCUUACAGUUAGACCUCACCAAGCUACUGGAAUAGAGCAAAAAGUGUCUGUUACAAUUCAAUGAAGAAAAAUGUAAAGUCCUGCACCUUGGGAGGGGAUAUCCAGCACACCAAUACCACAUGGGAAACACUCCACUAUCCACCACAGAGGCAGAGAAAGACCUGGGAGUGUAUGUUACCAGGCUACCAGUGAAGGGAUAUCCAGCACACCAAUACCACAUGGGAAACACUCCACUAUCCACCACAGAGGCAGAGAAAGACCUGGGAGUGUAUGUUACCAGGCUACCAGUGAAGGGAUAUCCAGCACACCAAUACCACAUGGGAAACACUCCACUAUCCACCACAGAGGCAGAGAAAGACCUGGGAGUGUAUGUUACCAGGCUACCAGUGAAGGGAUAUCCAGCACACCAAUACCACAUGGGAAACACUCCACUAUACACCACAGAGGCAGAGAAAGACCUGGGAGUGUAUGUUACCAGGCUACCAGUGAAGGGAUAUCCAGCACACCAAUACCACAUGGGAAACACUCCACUAUCCACCACAGAGGCAGAGAAAGACCUGGGAGUGUAUGUUACCAGGCUACCAGUGAAGGGAUAUCCAGCACACCAAUACCACAUGGGAAACACUCCACUAUCCACCACAGAGGCAGAGAAAGACCUGGGAGUGUAUGUUACCAGGCUACCAGUGAAGGGAUAUCCAGCACACCAAUACCACAUGGGAAACACUCCACUAUCCACCACAGAGGCAGAGAAAGACCUGGGAGUGUAUGUUACCAGGCUACCAGUGAAGGGAUAUCCAGCACACCAAUACCACAUGGGAAACACUCCACUAUCCACCACAGAGGCAGAGAAAGACCUGGGAGUGUAUGUUACCAGGCUACCAGUGAAGGGAUAUCCAGCACACCAAUACCACAUGGGAAACACUCCACUAUCCACCACAGAGCCAGAGAAAGACCUGGGAGUGUAUGUUACCAGGCUACCAGUGAAGGGAUAUCCAGCACACCAAUACCACAUGGGAAACACUCCACUAUCCACCACAGAGGCUGAGAAAGACCUGGGAGUGUAUGUUACCAGGCUACCAGUGAAGGGAUAUCCAGCACACCAAUACCACAUGGGAAACACUCCACUAUCCACCACAGAGGCUGAGAAAGACCUGGGAGUGUAUGUUACCAGGCUACCAGUGAAGGGAUAUCCAGCACACCAAUACCACAUGGGAAACACUCCACUAUCCACCACAGAGGCUGAGAAAGACCUGGGAGUGUAUGUUACCAGGCUACCAGUGAAGGGAUAUCCAGCACACCAAUACCACAUGGGAAACACUCCACUAUCCACCACAGAGGCAGAGAAAGACCUGGGAGUGUAUGUUACCAGGCUACCAGUGAAGGGAUAUCCAGCACACCAAUACCACAUGGGAAACACUCCACUAUCCACCACAGAGGCAGAGAAAGACCUGGGAGUGUAUGUUACCAGGCUACCAGUGAAGGGAUAUCCAGCACACCAAUACCACAUGGGAAACACUCCACUAUCCACCACAGAGGCAGAGAAAGACCUGGGAGUGUAUGUUACCAGGCUACCAGUGAAGGGAUAUCCAGCACACCAAUACCACAUGGGAAACACUCCACUAUCCACCACAGAGGCAGAGAAAGACCUGGGAGUGUAUGUUACCAGGCUACCAGUGAAGGGAUAUCCAGCACACCAAUACCACAUGGGAAACACUCCACUAUCCACCACAGAGGCAGAGAAAGACCUGGGAGUGUAUGUUACCAGGCUACCAGUGAAGGGAUAUCCAGCACACCAAUACCACAUGGGAAACACUCCACUAUCCACCACAGAGGCAGAGAAAGACCUGGGAGUGUAUGUUACCAGGCUACCAGUGAAGGGAUAUCCAGCACACCAAUACCACAUGGGAAACACUCCACUAUCCACCACAGAGGCAGAGAAAGACCUGGGAGUGUAUGUUACCAGGCUACCAGUGAAGGGAUAUCCAGCACACCAAUACCACAUGGGAAACACUCCACUAUCCACCACAGAGGCAGAGAAAGACCUGGGAGUGUAUGUUACCAGGCUACCAGUGAAGGGAUAUCCAGCACACCAAUACCACAUGGGAAACACUCCACUAUCCACCACAGAGGCAGAGAAAGACCUGGGAGUGUAUGUUACCAGGCUACCAGUGAAGGGAUAUCCAGCACACCAAUACCACAUGGGAAACACUCCACUAUCCACCACAGAGCCAGAGAAAGACCUGGGAGUGUAUGUUACCAGGCUACCAGUGAAGGGAUAUCCAGCACACCAAUACCACAUGGGAAACACUCCACUAUCCACCACAGAGGCUGAGAAAGACCUGGGAGUGUAUGUUACCAGGCUACCAGUGAAGGGAUAUCCAGCACACCAAUACCACAUGGGAAACACUCCACUAUCCACCACAGAGGCAGAGAAAGACCUGGGAGUGUAUUUUACCAGGCUACCAGUGAAGGGAUAUCCAGCACACCAAUACCACAUGGGAAACACUCCACUAUCCACCACAGAGGCAGAGAAAGACCUGGGAGUGUACGUUACCAGGCUACCAGGGAAGACCAAAUCCGUACCAAUCACAGACGGGUUAGAAAUCCUAAAAUAUCUUCCAUGACAAUCCGUAUAAAACAGAAAUCGUGCUAUUUGAGGGAUGACUGAAUUAACCUCUUUAUCAAGCAUGCUUAGAA